AUGGCGGGAGUGAACGGUGACCGUAAAGGAAAGAAGGAUGACAACGGAAUGGGCACGGCCGUUUACUUUUUGCUCUCUAAUGCCAAGCUUGUGCUUGGGGUCGGAGGAGCUGCCAUGCUUGGCAUUGCAACACUAGCAGUCAAAAGAAUGUAUGACCGUGCCAUAAGUGCUCCGACCAGCCCUACUAAGAUGGAACCAUCAGGGAAAAGGAGCUGGGAGGAGCCCAGGUGGAUGGGCUCAUCACAACGGGUACUUAACCAUGACAUGAAGUCAACAGUGAGCAGGUCACUGCAGACUCUACCCACCACCUCCAACUCCUUUGAACCAGACUGCAUGCGGAGGGCGACGGGGCGUGGACGUAGCGCUGCAGGAGAGACCGACCUCCUCCGGGCCAGGAUGCGUCUCUCCUUACAGGAGAAACUGUGGGAGUUCUACCAGGAGCGAGUGACCAUUCCCGCUGAGGAGCAGGCCACAGCCCGCCGGGCCGCCCUGGACAUCUGCGCUGAGCUGAGGAUCUUCCUGCACGGCAAGCUGCCCGACAUGCCCCUCCGAGAGAUGUACCUCAGCGGCAGCCUCUACGAUGACCUGCAGGUGGUGACAGCGGAUCACGCUCAGCUCAUGGUCCCUCUGACCCUGGAGAAGAACCUGUGGUCGUCAGUGCCCGGUGAGGACACCAUUAUGAAUGUUCCGGGCUUCUGGCUGAUUCGCAGGGAGAACCUAGAAUACUUCCCCCGAGGCAGCAGCUACUGGGACCGCUGCAUGGUAGGAGGCUACCUCUCCCCCAAGUCUGUCUUGGGGGUGUUUGAGAAGCUAGUGGCGGGCUCCAUCAACUGGCCGGCCAUCGGCAGUGUUCUGGACUACGUGAUCCGGCCGGUGGUUCCCUCGGAGACACUCACCCUGGAGGUCCAGUACAAGACGGACCGCCAUCUUUAUGUGGACUUCCUGCCUCUGCUGGUGAUGGACGACGGCGCCUCGCUGAUCGCCAAACCACACAGGCUGGCUGCUGAGCGCCACGAAAACCUUUGGCGGCAAAGCUUCCGCGUGGCGGAGACUGCGCGCCUGCGGGCACUGGACCAGGAAGACGGGGGCUGCCGCUGCGCCUGCCUCAAGGUGACUAAAGCUGUGUGCAAGCUGAACCCCGCCUUGGCGCGCCUGUCGGCCAGUCAGCUCACCAGCGCCAUACUGCUGCUGAGCGAGAAGGAGGGCGACUGGACCCAGGAGGCGCUGGCUGACCGCUUUCUGCAGUUGCUCCGCUCGCUCGUGGGACACCUGGAGGCCGGGAGGCUCCCCUGUGCCCUGAUCCCAAAGGUCAACCUGUUCUGUGAGCUGACGCCAGUGGAGGUGGAUGAGUUAGGAUAUACCCUCUACUGUUCUCUCUCUGACCCAGAGGGACUCCUAAGGACUCCUUAUUCUGACUGAGUCUGGUCAUGGGUUCGAGGGUUUAGGACAGAUGGUAUAUAAUUCUAACUAAGGUUCCAUAGAUUCCAUACUGCAGAAGAGGAUAUGAUAGGUCAUUCAUAUGUGCUUCAGACAUGGACCAUGUCCCCUGUGACCACGUUGCUGUGUGAUUGAGUCAACAUCACGUGUCUGGAGUUGCUGUUUCAUCAAUCAAUAUGUUUCUCUUGUACUUUUUUUAUUUGUGUAAUUAUGUUUGUGACUAAGUAGAAAUGCAAAAUCAACCACUUUGGUAGGAUAUGUUUAACAACAUAUUUUUGACAUGCAAGCCAUAUCUGCUAAAUUCAAAUACAGGACCAUCCAAAUACCAGUUAAACCUCAGAUGAUGAAACCAGUCUCUUCAUAAUGGUGCACGUAAGCCGUUUUAUAAAUAGUACUGUUCAGUAAGCCGUUUUAUAAAUAGUACUGUUCAGAGGGGUAUACUACAAAGCAUGAUCAAGGAGUUAGCCAGCUAACUUGCCUAGAUAUCUUAAAUUGCUUUUUUUUUUAUGUAGAAAGAUUAUCUUCAAAUGGACUUGGUCUAAGUUAAGCUUUCUUAAUGAACCUACAGUUACUUCUGGUUGUUUAUCUAAGUUGAACCUGCUACAUAGUAUAUCCCUUGGUUUAGGGCUCAGUGUUUGUUGAAUUGGGGAUUGCUUCAUUGGCUAAUAUUAUGUAACCAAUUUGGAAUGAAUGAUGUCUGAAAAAUAUAUUUAUUAAUUAUAAUUUAUGUGGGAAUGGAAAUUGGUCUAUUUGAAAGAUAUUUUGUUAGCUCCAUUCUCAGAUUGCUGGUCUUUCAAACUGAGAUUAUGAUGGGUAACAUUAGUCUAAUGCGAGUUAAUAUCAUGUCUUAACAGGGGCAUGAAAGAGAUCUUUCAGUCAAGUGAACAAGCCUCAAUAAUCGGCUCUAGCAUUAUUGAUCUCUACAUACAUUACCAGUCAAAAGUUUUAAAACACCUACUCAUUCAAGGGUUUUUCUUUAUUUUUACUAUUUUCUACAUUUUAGAAUAUUAGUUAAGUUCUCAAAACUAAGAAAUGACACACAUGGAAUCAUGUAGUAACAAAGAAAUGUUAAAUAAAUCCAAAUGCAUUUUGUA